AAGUCAAUAUGCCUAAAGUAAAUUAUAGGGGGCUCAACCUUUCCGCUCCUCUAAGCACACGACACCGGCCGCUCCUCCGCGCUCCGCGCCAGCGGCGGAUCUACAAUAGGGCUUGGGGGCCUGGGAGCCCACUCCUGCAGCAUUGCCCGAUCGACAGAUUCAUCCCCUUCUGCGCAGCAACUCCAGCAAUUCAGGAAGACAGCCUCUUCUGGGCCAUCACCCCAUUUUCCGAGUUCCGUCCACCUGGCUGUUUGGUCGCCCGGCGACCUUCACUUUCCUAUUUUGUAUCUCGGUGCUGGUUCCGCCGCUCCGCCUUUCCGCUCCUCCACGCUCCGCCUUUCUGCUCGGCCGCUCCUUCAUUACUGCUCGACGGUCCUACAUCAACUCAGUCGGUGUUCCAACUCUUUUCUCCUUCAAAGGCUUUUCCAUCCUAUUCAGGUGUGCAGUUGAAACAUGAUAUUGAAUAACUCCAUUCAUAAAUCCCACUAUGACGUCUUGGGUGUUAGGGAGGACGCAAACUAUGAGCAUAUUCGAACAGUUUAUCGAUCUGCCAUCCUUAGCUUCCAUCCAGACAAACUACAUGAUAAUAACCACACAUCAGAUGCAUUCUCCUCUUCCAAGCAUGACAAGACUAAGGAAACAUUCUUAGAGAUACAAAAGGCAUGGGAAAUCCUCAGCGACCACAGAUCUCGCGCCGUUUAUGAUAACGAAUUGCGUUCUCUGAGACAAGAUGCAUCAUCUGCUGAAGAUUUGGGGUUUGAUGAUCUCCAAAUGGAAGUGUGUGGUGGUGGUGAUGAUGUUAUAGAGCUCUCUUACCCUUGUAGAUGUGGUGACUUUUAUGUGAUUGAUUCUUUGGAUUUGGCAAAUAUGGGAUAUCCAUUGGUGAAGAAGGAUGGAAGGGAAAUCUUCACAGUAGAAGCAUCCAAAGAUUUACCAGUAUCGGUUGUUCUGCCCUGUGGGUCUUGCUCUCUCAAGGUCCGUUUGCUGAUAAGUCCAGACUCCAAACUGGCUUCUACUUCUGGGCCAUGAUGAUGUUUUAGUCAAUAGGAAAGUUACACUGUAAUCUUUUAGUGUGAAUUUGAUAACCUUACUUUUGUUCUUCACAAGUGCACUACUUUGCUCUUGUUUAUUACAUUUACCAAAAUGGAGCUAUACACAUUUCGAGUUUACUGUGUAGACUUUUUCAGUUUUCUAGUGCCCGUUUGGCCUUUCAAACCCCACUUUCAUCAGUCAUCAGUUAGGUUUUUAUCAAAUACCAAGUGUUUCUCAUUGAAAU